AUGCGAGAAUUUGGCUAUCCGCCGUUCACCGAGAUCGAAGCUUCUGUACAGAAAUGGCAGCUUUCCAGGCGAAACUGCUUUAGCCUACUGAAUGCCUUGACUUUAUUCAUCGAAAAGGGUGUCAGCAACACUUGUUGGAAUGUGACCACUCGCCACAUGAGCGUUUGGACGGAAGAACGACUUUUGGAAUUGGUUAACUUUUUGACUACGCUUUCCGUUACCACAAGUCCGCUGUGUUCUGCUGACGUUGAGGACACUUCCUCCUUAGAAGCGAUGAUCUGUUGGAACCGAAUUGUGAAUUGUCAUGCGGUGUCGAACAUCCUAUUAACUAAUAUGGUAAAAAUCUGGAAAGUUUCAGGCGCAUUUUUGAUAGCGAAUCUUUUGAAACCGAAAAGCCUGCUUCAACUAUUUGCACUGCAGUUUUUUGCAGCAUUGUUUUCUACUUUUAUCGAACGGUGGUGCCUCAAAUCUGAGGUUACAUGUGACGAAACUGUCUCGCAGCUUAUCGCGGAAGUGUACAGUCGGCCAUUGAACGAAUUUUUUUCAUCAACAAGUCGAUGGUUCGGUGGCGUUUUAACUCAGUCGUUUCAUGAGUUUGAUCCCGACCUGUUGCGACUUUUGAUCUUAACCUCAGCGCAGCUUUCUUUACUCAGCCACUGCGUAUUCGCGGGGAAAAUCUGUCGGUCAUGGGUCGAUGAAUUUUGCGCUGAAAAGGGAGUUGAUCGUGUAAUCGACUUGUUCAUUGAUCAUGACGAAUACCUAAACAGUUUUCUACUGUGCCAGACGUUGCUCGAUUGGUAUGGACAGAGUAAGCCAGAAGUUUCUUGCCAUAAAUUCUGGGUAGUAUUUUUUGCCUUUGUCAACUGGAAUAACGACCUUCUUUUCGACAUGAUCUCGUCGAAAGAAGGAAAGUUUCUUUUUGCCUUCACCAUGUACCUGAAGCUGAUCAGAAAGCAGAAAACGAAAUUUUUUAAUGACUUGAAGAAUCUGGAUAUUUCCUUCGAUGUUUGCUGUGCCAAGUUGUUGAAGGUUGAAGAUACUGUAGCCGAGCAAGAAUGUCUCAAAGUAGAAAUUGUCGAAGUGAUCAACAACGAGAAAAGACAGCGAACAUUAGUUAUCGGCAAGAGACGGACACCUGAUCUGCAGUCCAAUGAGACAGAAAGAAAGUUGACGAUUGUGGUUAAUUGUCCAUUGAAUGCUGUUGCAAAGUUAUUUAGACGACUUCGAGAUAUGUUAAGUACGAAGCAUAUAGAAUUCAGUGUGAAACCGUUGGUCAAAAAUAUAGACGCCGUAUUAUCAACUAUUGGCGAAAGUAUAGAAUGA